CUAACAUCAUUAGUAAAUAGGUAGAUAAAAUGAAGCGAAGUGUAGUUGGACUCUGUAUAUAAAUAAAUUCUGAUUAGCCGUUGUAUUCAGUUGUGGCACGAACAAGAAACGGAGUAUAUCUCUAAAAUGUUUCAAUACUUAUUGGCUUUAAUUUUGGGUUUGGUUGCAUGGAGUCUUAUUGGAUAUAUUAAAUGGAGAAUUGACGUGUACAAUAAAAUUGAAAAAAUUAGAGGUCCUAAACGAUAUCCUUUCGUGGGAACGUUACAUAUUUUUCAUGGCGCGUCUCGAACUGAUAUUUAUAGAAUUAUGAUGGAAACAAUUGAUAAAUAUGGCCCAUUUUUUCGAACAUGGAAAAUGUGGACUCCAGAAGUUCAUGUUAUGAAACCUGAACAUCUUGAGCAAAUUAUGGGUAGUUCUGUUCUAUUAAAAAAAGCAUCCGGAUAUAAAUAUCUUAGUUCAUGGUUAGGAGAUGGAUUAUUGUUAAGUGAUGGUAAAAAAUGGCAUCAAAGAAGAAAAAUGAUAACCCCUACAUUCCAUUUUAAAAUAUUAGACACAUUUAUGAAAGUUUUUGAAGAAAAAAGCGAACUUCUCAUAAAAUAUCUAGAAGAGCGUUGUGAUGGGCAAGCUUUCGAUAUGUACCCAUACAUAAAUCAUUGUGCUUUAGAUAUAAUAUGUGAAACUGCUAUGGGAGUGUCAACAAAUGCAAUGUCAGAUAGAAAUAGUAGUUACACUCAAGCUAUUUACAACAUAACAAUUUUAUUAAACAAACGAUUUUUGACUCCGUUACAUCAAACUAAACUUUAUCCAUAUCUACCCGAAGGAAAGCAAUUCGAGCACAAUUUAAAAAUUAUGCACGACUUUACUAAUAAAAUCAUUUCUGAAAGAAGGAAUCUGCUCAAGUCAUUACCACAAAGGAAAGGAAGCAUCGACGAUGUUUUAAUGUCUCAAAAGAAACGCCUCUCAUUUCUUGACCUCUUGUUGGAUGCUUCUGAUAAACUCACGGAUGCUGAUAUAAGAGAGGAAGUUGACACUUUUAUGUUUGAAGGUCAUGAUACAACAACAGCUGCUGUUUCUUGGUGUUUGUUAUUAUUAGCUAAUCAUCCAGAUAUACAAGAAAAAGUGUACCAAGAACUUAAAUCUGUUCUUCAAGGCAAAACAGCACCAGCAUCAAUUUCCGAUUUAAAUAAAUUAAGUUAUUUAGAAUGUUGUGUGAAAGAAGCUUUACGAUUAUAUCCAAGUGUACCUGUUAUUGGAAGAAAAUUAACUGAAGAUGUUGUUAUAGAUGGUUACGAGAUUCCAAAAGAAACUGACGCCAACUUACAUAUUUAUAAAGUACACAGAAACCCGGAUAUUUACCCAAAUCCGGAUAAGUUCGAUCCGGAUAGAUUUUUACCGGAAAAUUCGUCAAAAAGGCAUCCGUACGCUUACGUUCCUUUCAGUGCUGGACCGAGAAAUUGCAUAGGACAAAAAUUUGCUAUUUAUGAAGAAAAAACAAUGAUAGCAUCAAUCAUAAAUGCUUACAAAGUUUUACCAGUCGAUUCGUUAGAUUCUCUCACACUUGUAUUUGAAGUCAUUUUAAGACCAAUUAAUGGUAUAAACCUAAAACUUCAAAAACGUGUUAAUUAAUGUUCACAAAAUAUCAAAUUACAAAUGAUAUAAGAUAUACGAUUGCUUUAAAAUAUCUUUGGAAGUUGGAGAAAUAUAAAUUUUACGAUUAUAAAUAAAGAUUUAUUUAAUUAA